AUGGCAGCGUGUGAGUCGGCGCGUGGCUCGGCAGACGCGAAGAGGGCCGCUAGAGAGCUUGUGGAUGAAGUGUUGCGAGUUGAGCAGGACUGCUGUGGUGCGAAAUGGACUCUUCUCGUGUCGGCGCUGGGUGACGCAACAGAUCCGCAGCUGCAGGCUGACGCCGCCCGUGCCGUCAUCAAGUUCUUCAAGAUUCGGUCACCGCAGCUUCGCAUCGAUGAAUUCAAACGGCUGUGUUGUUUCCUAUCGGACAUCAACGCGGCUCGGGGGCUGUCAGAUCUGGUAGAUGAGGCCAUCUUCUCCCUCCUCUCAUCGGCAAUUUCGAGGCGCGACCCCGAUCUGCCACACCAACCGAUGCGGGACCAUCUGUUCACACAUCAUGUGGACCUUGUCAGACGAGCGGAAGCGGCUGUCCCGAGCGUCACGGCCCUCAGGUUCCUGACUUUUUUGUACGUGCCCGCGUCAUUGGCUGACAUCCCUGUUGCCUCGUAGGUCAAGUCGUUCGGUGCGGUGGUGGAGGUGGCGGUGAGCGAGGUGGGGCGGGUCGGACCAGAGACCGACCAAACGGGCGACCUGACAUGGCCACCGGGGAGCGAAGGAUGCGAGAUGGUCACAGCGGUGACGGGCAGCUUGUACACCAGCUUCGAGAAAAUGUCACACACAGGUCCGACUUGCAACACGCGAGUGACUCACGAGCUUCCCGCUUGUUCUUUCUGCAUCUUGGCCUUUGUUCGUUCUCGUUCUCCUCAGGUGCGCAUGAGGAGGUUCUGUCGGCUGUCCAUCGGCACAUGUGCCCGCACGCCGCGCGCCUCGUCGACGUGCUCGUGUCCGAUACGGCUUCGGACGGCGUCCGAUGGAACGCAUUUCUCGUGCUUUCCUUCAUCUUCGGAGCGGCCUAUGAGGCUUGCAGAUGGGCACAGGAUCGCACCAAGGCGCGGGACAUCUUGCAGGAGCCGACCCAGCACCUGCUCAAGGGCAACAUGACGGGAUUGAGGGCGGCUGCAGAUGUGCUCCAGCGGUACCAUGGCUUCAGGUGCUGGCUGCCAGGGGUCAUGCUCACAUCCAUUCCUGCCCAUCUGCUCCACUGCCGUGAGUGACGACACAUUACCGUGCCGUGCCAUGCAUAUCGGCGACAGACACGGUCACUGUGCUUGUCGGUGUCUGUUCACACAUUUGUGCAGGCGGUUCCUAUGCCAGCCAGCUGAUCGAGGCAGGCUAUCUCCAUGCCCUGCUGGCCGUGAUCGAUGACCAGCGCAUGCCGAGCCUUCAGUUCCACCGGGGGCUCUUGCACUGCAGCACCGAUGUACUCGAGAAACUCGCCCACGAGGAAGAAAAGGUCAGCGAGGGAAGCCUCAUUGGAAGGCAGCGAUUCAGCAAACAUGGUUCGUGCGUGGGCGACAGGUUGCGACCGAUGCGGAUGUGGCUCUCGUCCUUUGCCGUCUGCUGUACCGCCAUGCUAAGGGCGAGAUCACGUUCAUGGCAGGAGAUGAGAAGGUCGACAGGAUCGUCCAGCUGCUGGCCUACAUGGUCAGAUCCGGGGCAAACGCAUCGCAGGAUAUGAAGCGGACCAAACGGGCUAAGAAUGUCAUCCUGCAGCAAACAUCGAAGGCAAGCAAAGAGACCCGAAGGCAGCCCAUCUCACUUGUCAUGCCAUGCAUGUGUGGGCUGUGUGUUGGCUGAUGCAGAUGCUGUCUGAGUGGGUGCCGCCGAGCACGGGAGCAUACCAGCAGCUCACAGUGCAUCCAAAGGUGGGCGGCAGAAGACUGCUCACGCCAUUCGCGGCACAGGCGGUCGUGUUGGUCGCACUGCCAGGUGGCGAGUUUCUAUGCGGAGAUCACUGGCAGCCCCAUCGAAGCGCAGGCGAGGAGCGGUGACAACGGGGGCGAAGGGACGUACAGCACAGACCGAGCUGCGCCUGUGUCACCACUCGACAAGUGGAAGGACAUCGGCAAUGCACUCUUUGGCAAGGGCAAGUACCUCGACGCCUACCGGGCAUACGUGAAGGUACACACGGGGCAGGAGGGCCGGCAACACAGACGCGCACUGAAUGCCGUGUUGUUUGUGUGCACCGCAGGGCGUCCGUUUGGCGAAUCUCGAGUCACUCGCUGAGCUGUUGGUCUGUCGGGCGCAGUGUCAUUUCGCCCUCGAGAGCUACGUCAGCGCCUUCACCGACGUCACCACGGCCUUCCGCAUCCUCCCCCCUCCCUCCUCCCUCGAGCCCGGCAGUAAGUCGGCUCUCAUCCAGAAGACAGCCGCAGAACUCUACGGAAAGGGCAUCAUGAUGUGGCUCAAUGGCCGCCAGGGUGACGGCGAUGUCGCCCUGCCAUCGCCCAAGGCGAUUGGGAGGCUGAUGAAGGACGCCAUGCAGCACCUCUGCGCGCGAGUCCAGGCACCGGGACCGUCUGAGCCACUCGAGGUGGCCGAUGCACUCGCGGCAGGCGAGCAGCUGCAGGAGGAGGACAGAUAUGCCGAGGCACGUGACACAUUCACUGCCGGUCUGGCUGGUGCUGACAUGUCGCGACGCUCACUGCGCUGCUGAGCAACGCCUCGGCGUGUCUGCUCAAGCCCGAGCUCAUUCGGGAGGGGGGCCCGGAUGCUGUGGGGUGUGCGGCUGCCGCCCUCCAUCUGAGCUGCCUGCGUCAUGGCCCCUCCCAGCAGCUGACCACCAUCCAGCAGAAGUGCCUCGUGCGGCUGGGCCAGGGGCUGCUGGCCGAGCGGCUCUUCGACGCUGCUGAUGUCAUUGCCAAGGCCAUCAAGAAACACGUGAGGGGGGGAGUGGGGAGUGACGGAAAAGGGGAUGAUGUGUGUGGUGGUGCGUUAUUGGUGCUCUGUGUGUGUGUGUGUCAAUCAGGUUGGCGAAAGUCAGAUGAGGACGAAGGCCGACACACUGCAGCAACGUGUCCGCACCCACCGGGCCAAUGCUAAGGGCGACUUUGACUGGGCCGCCAUUUACCGUCAGCAGCUCGACAACACCACUGCCAUGAGGCACGGACAGCCCCCCACAUCCAUCGACGUGGCCGAGUACGGCGGCGCCGUGUCCGUGCGACACGACGAGGCCCAGCAGCCUCGCCUCUAUGCGAAAGAGGACAUCCAAGUGGGCCAGCUGCUGCUCGUCCAAAAGCCCGUCGUCAUAUCGUCCGGUGAUUUCGCAUCGCUGACGAGCUCCGACGGCUACAGACAGCUGAUGGCGGCCUGCAAGGACGUGGCAUCCCCGGCUGGUGUCGCAGCUGUGCUGUCUGUCAGAGGGCCAGCAGCGGCCCUCGGCUCUCGCGGCCCCGCCGUCCCACGAGACGUGUCUUGGCCUGGUCCCUGGCUUCCCCCUGCUGCCCCGCUUCAUGCAGUCCCAUGGUGCAGAGGAGUUCGGCUCGCCUGUGGCCCAGGUCGAUGGCGACAGCAUUCCCCGGCUCAUGACCUUCAACCAUCGCAUUAGUGGCACCAUCCGUAGCUGUCUCCCUCGUGCAGCUGGUGACUUCAGGUCCACUCUGGCAUCAGGGGUGUGGAUACUGCCGUCGCUCAUCAGACAUGCGAGAUACGACAGGAAUGCCAUAUGGUACGCAGCACGGGAGGGGUGGACACGCCCCAUUCCGCCACAAUGGACUUGUGUGUCUGCGUCUGGUAUGGUCAGGUAUGUGGUGGGCGACUUGCUGGUCGUGAGGGCGGUGCGUCCCAUCAGCCGCGGCGGCUGCGUCACAGCUGACUUCUUUGACGACGGACACCCCACUGACGCCAACGAUUAUGUGGAUCACGGCGACGUCAUUUCGAUGGCCGAGCGGUGGGGCAUCCCUUCACCCGUGCAGCACGACGAGAAGCACAGCCAAGAGGCCAUCGCGGCAAUCGGCAAGGGGAUCCACCGCGUCACCGCCCUUCAUCAGGGCGGGACAUCGCGCACGGCUGUCCAGAGAGAUUUUGGCGCCCUCAUGAGGAGAGUGGAGGCCCUGCAGCAGUCGAUGGCGUCCAAGGUGCCCACGAUGAGGGCAAGCCGGCUCCACUUCUUCCGGGGCAUGCUUCUGUGUUGGCUGGGACGAGACGAUGAGGCCAGCGAGGCGGUGAUCGAGGCCGUCAAGACCGCCCGGGCGGUGCAGUCGAUCGCCGUUAACGACUGCCGCUGUCUCUCGAUGGCCAUCCGCUCUGCACCACAUGAUUCUCAGCUGUGUGAUGUGAUGCUAGAGGAGCUACGGCGCACUUGUGCCCUCGUCUUCGGCACACCCGACGCAGCAAAAGCAUCUUCCUCAAUGAGCAGAGCUGAGAGGGUGUCUGAUAGGCCUGCCUUGCUGGCUGCAGCAAGGGGGCUUGAUAGAUUAGAGUGA